AUGAAUGAAGCAAAAAGGAUAGCAAAGCAUAGCAAAACCUAUUUGAAACCACAUGAUCAAGAACUAAAAGCUGAUAAAAAAAGAGAAAUUACUGAAGUUACUGCAUGCAACCCUCAAUUGAGACAAGCAAUUUCACUGACUCCUAAAAUAACAACCCUAGUUUCAAAUGAUAGAUCUAAAGAAAAGAAGAAACA